AUGGAAGAUCAAAAUUUUUAACAAGAAUUAAAGGGAGUAUUUGACUCUAUUGACGAAAAAUUAAAGAAUGAAUUAGCAACAUUUGAGAAGAAGUGCAUGUCAUAUAAUGAUGUUGAUUAAUUCGUCAACUGCAUGGAGUAGGUAGUCGAAAAAGUUGAAAGAGAACAAAAAAAUUUUGAAUAUAGAAUAGCUUUUUUGGAAAAUAAAACUUAAGAGUGUCUUAAAAGAGCUGAUGAAGGUAAAACUGAUAAGGAAAAAUGCAAACAAUAAACUAGAAAUGCUCUUGUUAAUUAUACUGAUUUAUUCCUUUUCAAUAUUCGCAAGUGA